AUGUCUUUCCAUCGAGUCGCCAGCAUCGAAACACUCACAGACCAUCAUGUCCGCCGAGCCAGCGAUGCCGGCCACCGUCCGCGACGACUGAGCUUCAACCCUCUCCCUCAGCCGUGGGACCCGUCGCAGCCCGAGCUGGGUAAGGCGACUGAUGUCCGAGACCACGCUCCGGUGCUAGCUCCGCCUGCCUUUGUUGAGAGCGAUGCCGUCGGUGCGUUCGAGGUGCCGGUAUGGAAGAGGAUAGCACAAAUCGCCGCCGCCGUAACGUGGUGCCUCUUCGCCGCAGGUAUAGUCUUCGGCUACGCGGCCAUCAAGCCGGUCCUGAAGCGGGAGGGGGCAUAUCGCGACCAGUGUCCCGGAGACGACAACAGCACCUGCGUCGAGAUCCACCUCAACCUCAUGUUCACCGUGGCCGCCGUCGGCACCAACGUAGCCGCCCUCCCCGUGGGCGCCAUCCUCGACCGCUUCGGCCCCCGCGUCUGCGGCCUGGUGGGCAGCGUCUUCCUCGCCUCGGGCGCCCUCCUCCUAUCGUACGCCCAGCACCUGGCGUUUGACGGCUUCCUGCUGGGGUACCUGCUCCUCGCCCUGGGCGGGCCCUUCACCUUCAUCUCGUCCUUCCAGCUGUCCAACGCCUUCCCCCGGCAGUCGGGCCUGAUCCUGGCCCUGCUGACGGGCGCCUUCGACUCUUCGAGCGCGAUAUUCCUAAUCUACCGGCUCGUGUACGACGCCACCCGCGGCGCGUUCGACCACCACCGCUUCUUCCUCGUCUACCUCGUCGUGCCGGCCUUUGUGGUCGUCGCCCAGGUCACGCUCAUGCCGGCCAAGUCUUACAAGACGGUCGGGGAGCUGGUCGACAUGGUCGAGGAGGUGCAGCACCACUCUUCCUCGGCAUACGACGAUCAGGUCAACGAGGAGACGGCGCUCCUGCAGGAUGAGCGGCGGCAGCAGCACCAGCAGCACCAGCAGCGUCAGCGCAGGUUCAACGACGAGGCCACCGUGAUUGACGAGAUCGAGUCCCUGCUCGGAUCCACCAGGGGAGACGAGCAGCUCGACGCCGAGGAGCGCAAGAACGUCACCUCUGGAGUGUGGGGCAUCAUGCACGACAAGACGGUCGUCGAGCAGGUCACCUCGCCCUGGUUCAUCCUCAUCUGCCUGUUCACCGUCGUGCAGAUGACGCGCAUAAACUACUUCGUCGCCACCAUCUACCCGCAGUACGAGUCCCUCCUGGGCGACGGCGAGUUGGCCGCGCAGGUGAACACCUUCUUCGACGUGGCCCUGCCUGUGGGUGGGCUCGUCGCCAUCCCCCUCAUCGGCAUCGUGCUCGACAACACGUCUACCGUGACGGUGCUGUCCGCCCUGGUCAGCUUCGCCGCCGUCAUCGGCGUCCUCGGCGUCCUGCCGUACGUGUGGGCCGCCUACGCCAACAUCCUCCUCUUCGUCGUCUACCGCCCCUUUUACUACACCGCCGUCUCCGACUACACCGCCAAGGUCUUUGGCUUCCGCACCUUUGGCACCGUCUACGGCCUCAUCAUCUGCCUCUCCGGCCUGCUCAACCUCUCCCAGUCCGCCCUCGACCUCCUCUUCCACAACACCUUCCGCGGGGAUCCCGUCCCGGUCAACCUCAUGCUUCUCACCCUGGGUCUCGUCAUCGGCACUACCCUCGUCGCCUUCGUCUCCGUCCAACUGCGUAGGAUCCACUCGCGGGCUUGA